AUGUUCGGCGCUUUCAGACCCACUAAUGUGAAUCUUGGAGGACUUCUAUGGAAAACACCGUGGAAGCUUUCUGUGACACGAAAAGCCAACGCCAGAGCACGACUCAAGAAAGUCGACGCCGUCAUAGAAUCUGUUAGAGCUAGCGGCGUUCAUUGUGCUGCUUUGUACCGCGCACUUGAACUGCCGAAGGAAUGUGAAAUGCCUGCAAAGGACAAAUAUACGGUGUUCAGCCCUCACGAGAAGGGGUAUCGGAAGGGUAUUCAUAAGGUUCCAAAGUGGACAAGGCGUACACUACGAACCAAUCCCAAGGGUUUCUAA